GUUAGGCUGGGCUCGUAUGAGUCAAGUGUAGGGGCAGUGGUCUGGAACGCGUUGUUCACUGUGGAAUCUGCACGUGGGCCAGCUACACGCGUGGAGUGUGGCUGACGGAAUACGCAAGGGUGUCUUCGCAGUCUCUAUACGGAAACUAGCGAUGACUGUGAUUAGUGAACCAGUCUUACAGUUGUGUACGGUGACAGUUUAACUUGUUCUUGGAGAAAUGUUCGCCCAUAUAGAAAUGGCCGAAUUAUAUGUUGUUGAACAAAUCAAUGAGUCGUUAAAUAAAAAAAAUGAUUUAAAAUAUUAGCUAAGAAUCAUAGAAACAAAUCAAUUUGCCACAAUGCCCGAGUUUGGAACAAUAACUCGAGCGCUGGAAUUGCAGCGAUUGAUUGAAGACAAAGUGUCAGAAUGGCGAGAGAGGUCAGCCCGGGUCGCGGGCAUAAGCGUGGCCGAGUCUUAUCAGCAACCACUCAACUUCAAACGACACACUAACAGACGCAAAAACAGCGCUGAAGUUAAUAGAAUUAUCGCUAAGUAUUCUAAAGCAAAAAGGACAAACGAAACAUCAAUACUUCAGACGUGUCCCGAGGAGCCACCCAUACGACCAGCUAGGCAGAAGAAAUUGCGAUCAAAGUUUUCCAAAAGUGAAGAUAAUCUUGCCAGAAUCGGUGUCAUGGACAAUCCUCCUGAUCCCAUACCCACUGAGCAAUCUCAAUUUAAUAUUUCAAAAUAUAACACAAAAAGCUGCGAGGAUAUAACGGCCUUUGUAGAUAUUGGUCGAACAAUGAAGAGUAAGAAUUUUGAAGAAAAGAGUAUACUCAAUACAAAACCAACCCCAGUUAUGAGGCCAAAACUUCAUAGUAUUAGUGAAGAUAUUUUGGACAUAUCCGAUUUUGGUGACAGUGGUGUUGAUAUAAGAUUUAGGACGAACUUUGCGACCUCUACCCCGUUAUCAAACAGGAAAACAUGCCCUGCGGGUGAUUCAGUGUCAGUGAUUGAUUUCGAAAAGUGUUCAAAUUAUAGUGUUAGUGAUUUAAAGAAAGGUAAUUCAGAACCCGAUAUUGCAAGUACUAGUUCGGUGUGUUCGGAAAAAACGUUGGAUGCAAGAAAGCGUUGGAAAAUUUUAAAACCGCUAAAACCACCAUUUCGGAAAAGUACCUUCGAAUGUUUGCUUCGAUGGCGUGGAAAAAAGUCUUCGCCAAACCAAACAAAAAUACAAGAAGUAGACGACAGUUUCUUCGAAAAAUUCGGCUCCAUAUUGAAGCAAGUGUCACAGAAGGCUGCAUUAGAGGAAUCAACGCCGCUAGCGCCCUUGAAGGAAGUCGAAGAACAAGAUGGGGAGCAAAAAGAGAUCACGGAAGUUGGUGCGACUAGCAAUACCAGGGAUUCGGAUAGCGGCAAUGAAACCCUGCUUGAUACAGAUUCGGAACCAGAAGAUGCUGAGAAAAUGGACUUCUACGUGGAAGCCGUUGGAUGGAAUGUCGAUGAACUGUAUUUGGAGAUUUUGUAUGAAAUUUUACACAAUGUCGGCGGAUGUGACGUAGGUUGCGAGAUCGGUGCUCAGGCUAUGUUGUCUUAUGUCCAAGAGGCUUUCAAAAUAUCAAAUGAUAAGCACACAGAGCUCCUAACCCAAGCUGAAGCCAAAGAACCGCCAGAACUGAUGCUAAACGUAGAAGUAAUAGAAGGCAAAGACUUAGUUCCUAAAGACCCCAAUGGCCUUAGUGAUCCCUUCGUCACAAUAUAUUUAACUUCCAACACAUCGCAUAGGUAUAACACCUCUGUGAAAUCUAGUACACUAAAUCCGGUUUGGGAAGAACAUUUUUCGCUGCCCAUGUCAGGAAAUGUUCACGAAGACUCUCUAGUUUUAGAAGUGUGGGAUUUUGAUCCAGCGGAAACGGUGAAAGAAAAAAUGACAAAAAUAUUUGAAGUGAAAGGCGUUAAAGGUUUGCGAAAGCUCAUGAAAGAGAUAGCAAUAACUGCGUCCACCGGUAAACAUGAUAAUGAGCUUAUCGGAACAUCGAACAUACCACUGAAAUCAAUACCAGCGGGUGGUAUGACGAUGUGGUUGAAUCUGAGCAAAAAAAGCAAAGUGCGGCGUCAGGGUGUGGUCAAAGUGCGGUUUAAUUUCUCAUCCGAGAAGAAUUCGCAAGUGGCUGCGCAGGAGCAUAGACAUUUGUUAAGGAUACUGCUGCUGCAUGAGCUUGAGAGUUCAAAGGUAGCACCAUACUGGUGGUGCGGUAACUUCAGUGCACCAGCUGAGGGCAUCCUCACGCAGCACGCGGCGCAAAGCGGGCUGACACAAGCGGACAACAUGCUGGCGCAAUGGCUGGUCUACUGCGCCGUCACUGUGGACCAUCCGCUUAGCUUCGCCCUGUUCAAUAACCUGCUGGAAAAGAUCGCUAAACCUUUGCAGAGUGGUCUAGUAAGCGAAGAGGACGUAAAGUUAUUUUGGGAUGGCACUAAAAAACUCCUCCCAACUUGCUAUAGCCAUAUCAGGAAAUUAAGAAAAAAGACUGCCGGUGAUAAAACUGUUAUGAAAACACUACGGGAAGUUUUAAGGAUACUCUACAAAUUAUCCUCAUUUGAUGUACCAGAAACGAUUGAUUUGUUCCCGGUCAACCUUUAUGGUUGGUUAAAAGAGAAAAGCGAUGGCAGCAAAUUGACCAUUUCGGAUGUUUUGAACCAAGCGGCCAUUCAGGGCGCCGCGGAUUGGUUCGUACAUAUCUUAGACAACAAUGAGUGUAAGGACAAAACAGAAGAUUCUAGACUGCAGCAUUUAAUAAGGGUUAUACAAUUGGUGCGUUCGGAUUUACAGCGCGCUAUCGAAUAUUUUGAUAGGGUUUUUGUUGAGGUAAUGAGUUUCCCUUACUCAAAAAUACUGUACGGAGUGUACGAAGAUAAAAUAGCUUCUCUCGUUGAGCCAGAAGUGUUGCAAGUGUGUAAAAGCUUGAAAAGGCUAAGAUAUAGCGAGGGUUCGACCAAUAGUGUGCAUUUAGCUGGAGGUUUGAAUGGAGAGACUGGUAUGGGAACUCCUGAUGUCGGUUCAGAACCAUUGGCCAUGGGAACCACGCUGUUUGAACUGUAUUUGGCAUUGCAGAGGUUCUUAACAUUAGGGCAAGGUCUAAAUGAAGCUGAGUGGAGUUCUUAUUCAAUAUCCAAAUUCCACUCUUGGUUUUUCGGCGGAGUGGCACAAUGGCUCGACAUAGCCGCUUUCAAAGCGCUCACUCGUAUAGAAAAAGCUGUAGAGCUGGACAAUUUAGUGCCAGUUGACUCUAAUGUUAAAUACAGCAGUUCUGGAGUGGACACAUUGGCUAUUUUCUACCAGAUAAAGAUAUUUUGGCAGCAAUUAGCCUGGCCGGAUGUGGAAGGAUGUUACACUUUUGUUGCUAAGAUUAUUGAUGACAUCUGUCGCUGUUGCGUGUUCUAUUCGGACAAAAUGGCGACGCGCGUAGAGAGCGUGGGCACUGUAACGUCCGUGUACGAAGAGCGGUUCGAAGUGACAACCGAGUGGUGUGUCGCCAUCAAUAAUAUAGACUAUGUGCGGCAGAGUUUGCAGCCGUUCGUGCAAGAGCUGGGAAUGGACGAGAUCAUACAGAAGAUGUGUGAGACACGAACGCCGUUGGAGGCUCAGAGGUGCAGAGAUACGUUGCAUAAUGUGAUAGCUAAUGCAAUAGAUACGGUCAAAAAUAAAAUUGUAGAAUUACUGGAAGUAAUGAUUAGAAAGAUGAUGCCAUCAAUAACUAGGUUCCUGAUGGAAGGAGCAGAAUUACUGCACCAAGAUUGUUCGAGCAUGGACCGUGUGAUGCGAUACCUCGAAGCCAAUCUGGACACUUUGUACCAGCACUUGAAUAAUGAGAACUUUUCUAGAACUCUCGAUAUCGUGUGGGAGCAGUUGGGAGAAGUUCUAUAUGAGUUGAUACAAGCAAAUCUGGAGAAAGAGACAGUUGCUACUCGUAUUCGCUUGUUUAGAUUACGAUUUAGCAAAAACAAAGUUACGCCAAUGAACUUAACCUUUCGGCACCGCAGGGCAAAGAUAACACGGUAUAUCGACCCGAGACGAUUGACCAAAUCAGCCGCCGCCAACUUAGACGCGAAACGUCGACCGCCGGCAUUCUUCUCGAACCUCCACGAAUGCCUCAAGAUAAUGAUUCGAUCGUUCCGACAAGAUAACAAGGAGAUAUAUUCGUCUGAUACGCUCAAACGGGUGGAGUACUUGCUGAAGUUACACGGUAUGGAGACUCGGGAACUGAUACACCAGUACCACUUGGAGAGGUGGCAGGAACAGCAGGCGGUUAGCGAGCCCAAGAUGGGCUUGCUGACCGUACGCGCGCAGUUCAUUGAGAACAACCUCAAGAUAGAGAUCAUGAAUGCUAGGAAUUUGGUCGCCACGGACUCUAAUGGUUUAUGUGAUUCGUAUGUCCGUGUGGCGCUGUUGCCCGAAGACACAUUUGCAAAUGUUGAAAAGCCUAAAACUCAAACGCACAAUAAGAAUCUCUUCCCCUUGUAUGAUGAAAUGUUUGUAAUGCCGCUGUCCCCCGAGCAGCGCCGCACCCAGGACGGUCUGCUGCACUUCGUGGUCAAGGACAAGGACAUGUUCAGCGUGAGCAACACGUUCGUGGGCGAGGCCUACGUGCACUUCAGCGAGGUGCCCGCCACGCCCGCGCCCAUCGGCAGCCUGCCGCAGCAGCACCUGCCGCUCUCCAGGCCGGGGAAUAUCGAUGGCGACGCUAUCAAAGCCCUGGAGUCAAGGCAAGGCGACAAACAAGCGAGGGACUUCGUUAAGAAACAGAGACAAAAGAUGCCAAGUAAACAGUUCUUUUCGUUGGGCUGAAUGUAGAUUUAUACGCACAAGAAACACUGGAUACUUUUAAAACUACAAUGUAUAUAGAUGUAAUGUAAUCUUAUGUGUGAUUUAGUUGUGGUUGUGUAGAUGCAAUAAUUUUGCCAGUUUAUAUGUACGUAAAUAUUAAUAUUGUCGCAAUUGCGUGUGUUGUAUUUGUAUGGAAUCGUACUUUUUGUCAUAAUAAUUAAAUUCUCAAGCAAUCAACUCAUAUCGUGAUUAAAUUUGUUAUAAUUUUCCAGACAAUAAUUAUUUUAUAUUCGCUGGUACUUUUUAUGUAAACUCGUUAAUUAAAAAAAAAAAUGCCGUCAAUAAGUAUUUUGUAGAGUACAUAAUUGUUGAAUUUUAUUAAUUUCAGAUUAUAUACACUGAGUUGUAGUAAAUUAAUUGAAAAUAAUACAUUUUUUCGUGCUAAAAUUCCUAUUGCGUAACGAAGGUGCUUAUUCCUAAGAUAAAAAAGUACUAAAUGUAAUGUAGUCUUAACUAGUUAUAAAAUAUCUUGCAAUAAAAUCAUGAUUAUAUUAAUUUAUAAGACCAUUAACAUCGUGUAGCAAACACGUAGACUGACAGUUCAUAUUUUAUGAUUAUAAUAACUUGUUUUCCAAAUUGAAACGUCCGAACAGCAUUAUUUUAUCUGUUCACGAAUCUCAAACUAAAUUGUAUGAAAAAAAAAACUUUAUUUAUUUGUAAUUCGAAGUGAGAUACGAUAUUAUGUUUUGUGUCGAGUUUUAGAUCUCAAAUUUAUGAGUGGUUUUAUAUUUGGUCGGUUGCAUUUCUCAUCAAAGAAACGAUUAUUGUUUCGUCCUCAGACUUCAUAGAAUGUCAAUUAGGAAACGGCUAACAUUUAUCAUACUGGGCUAUGAUAUAAUGUAAUGGAAAAACGCUUUAGUAUUAAAAGAAUACUUGCCAAUUUACUAAAUAAUAAAUGGAUCGAAUAAGGAAUGUUUUAAUACUUUUAAAAGUGGUAGCAAUAAAUAUUAUGCAAAUAAUGUGCGCCCAGUAAAAAUCGGAAUAACUACCUAUACUUAACUAAAUUAAUUUCAAGUAUAGAAACAAUCAAACCUUCUAUAUAUAAUAAAAAAGAUGAGAUUUUUUAAAAUUUAGUAGUGUGACUGAUUCUCCGGGUAGCUAGUCCGAUAAAUAUACAGAAAAAUUUAUGUAGUUGUUGUUCUGUGAUACACAAACGUGCCUUACGUAAUAUUUAUUUAUAUAAUAUUUAUUAUAAUAAAUUAUCAUUACUGCGCACGUUCAGCUUUUCUGUAUUAUUGCCUGAUACUAAAUGCAAAUUUUAUAAAAGAUUUCUUUUUAUAUACAUCGUUUCUGUUUCUUUAUUUAUUAUAUUCUGUGUCAUAUUUUAUUUAUUCGUCAAUAAAGCUGUUUAAAUGCAAA